CAAACUUAUACAGCGCCACCUACUUCGGCGCUUGAUUCUCUCCAUUCUAGUUACCAGUGUUGAGGUUUGGAGGGAGUCAAGAAAGUAUCAAGAAGAUGGCGGUGUCAGUUAUUGAGGGUUGAAAAGAUAAUGGAACCUGUUUUUGUCAUCCAGAAAAGUCUAAAAUGUUCACAUUGCGGAAAAUACGUUAAUCAUUAUUGCAAGACAUGCAAAUCCAAUCUUUGUGGAGAGUGUACGAGAAGACAUUUUAGUAAUGAUACUGAAAACCACGAUAUUGUGUUUUACCGUGGGAAGUUUAAUAUAUGCCUCGAAAAAGAAUGUGAAGAACAUCCUAAAGAGAAAUACACACAGUUCUGUAAAGUUUGUGAAAUUCCUGUUUGUAAAAAAUGUAAAAGAAAUGGUUGCCAUAAAAAUCACAAAUUUCAGGAUUUAAAAGUGGGGGAACAAAACGGGGAAUUGUUGGAGACUACCAGAAUGCUCCAAAAUCAAAUUCUUCCCCAAUAUCGAGGGUUUCAAGAUGAAAUUUCUAGAGAGAAAAAAGAUUUUAAAGAAGAGGCGAACAAAGUUAUGGGGAUUAUGGAAUCAAAUGCAAAAAAAUUAGAAAAUGUCAUCAAAAAGACCUUGGAAGAAAACCGACGUACUUUAAGAAAAGAGUUGCUAAAAUUUAGCAAGGAAGAAGAGCGUGUAGACCGUCAUAUCACCGAGUUAGAAUGCUCGUUAGAAAACUACGAAAGAUCUAUCAAUAAAACAGCAGAUUUUUUGUUUCCUUCAAAGAAAAGACCAAUACCUGAUGGUAUGCUCAAUUUUAUCAUACCACAAAUGCCCUCCUUCGUAACCGAGAUGGAAAUAACAAAGGAUAAUAUAGGCAAACUUCUCGGUAAAAUAACGGUGGAGAAAAGGAAAAGAAAACCCUCUUUGAAACACCUUUACUUCUUAAAAUCAAAGGCGACAAAAGAAAUUUCAGUAUCAGUCUCUCUUGAAGAAAUUCGACAUGUGUCCUGUGUGGGGGUUAAGAACUGGAUUUGGGUUAGUGGUGGUGAAUACUUGAUAUUAGUGGACACAAGAGAAGAAGAAAAACUAAAUGAAUUUGAAGUAAUGCCUGGGUUCGGUUGCCAUUCGGUAGCGUCAGAUUGCAGAUUGUAUUAUAUCAGUAAAAAUGGAAAUGUCUGUACAAAUAAUAAAAAAGAUGUAAUAAAAACUUCAGAAGGCUGGAAAUUCUGCAGUAUCUAUUGCUCUUAUAAAGAUAGUGCUAUUAUCGUUGGCAUGAAAAAGGACUCAAAAGCAAAACUAAUGAAAUAUGAUACCUCGGGAAAUCCAAUAGCGAUAUUUCAGCAUGACAAAAAUUUAAAGCAACUUUUUAUUUCGCCAGAUUACAUUGCGGAAAAUUCUAAUCAUGAUAUUGUGGUUUCCGAUUCGAGAAGAAAUGCUGUUGUUGUAACAGAUUUCGGCGGAAACCAUCGUUUUAACUUCACUGGAAGAUCUUCACCCAAGUCAAUAUUCAAGCCAAGAGGAAUCUGUACCGACAUACUUUCAAAUAUUUUGGUGUGCGAUACCUAUAGUGAAACGAUACAGAUAUUAAGCAAGGAUGGUACAUUUAUCCAGGAUUUACAGAUAGAUGAACGAAACUUCAGUUGCCCAUGUAGUCUGUGUUAUGACCUGGAAAAUAACUUACUGUGGAUUGGUAGAUCGGACAGUGGUUUAUUAUCUGCUUACAGAUAUUUAGAACGUCAACUCUAGAUGUAAGGAAAGAUUUUAGAAUUUUUAAUGAUGAAGAAAAUCUAAUUGUGUUAAAAACAAAAUCGUGAAAAGGGUGCAAAUGUAAGAACCCA